GGCAGCAUAGUUUAAAACUAACAAUCAAAGUGAAAACAGCACUCAAGUGAAGUAGGAAAGAUUUCUUUUUGGAAAAUUCAAACGAUAAAGUCAGUGAGAAAUUACAAAUUGAAAAUCAACAAAUAAUACGUUGUUAAGAGUGAUACAUAAUCAUACCAAAAUGGCAUUACUACCACUGUUGAUCGAAUUGAACGACGAAUUGUCCCAACCAUCAUUCAGACACUGGAACAACUUUGGUCCUGGACUUUAUUCGCAUGAAUUGGACUCGCUCCCGUCGCUUUUGAAUCAGUACUACACCGGCUAUCAGCGAUGUCCCCGAUUCCAAGCAGCACUACGCAAUUCCACUGAUUCUGCUGACGUUCCCAAGUCGUCGAUCGGAAAGGACGGUUUCCAAGUGUGUAUGGAUGUCCAAGAAUUUGCGCCAAAUGAGAUUUCCGUUAAAACGAUCGACAAUGCCAUCGUUGUUGAGGCAAAGCAUGAGGAGCGACGAGAUGAACAUGGUUACAUUUCCCGACAAUUCAAGCGUCGUUAUGCCCUUCCGAAAGGAUUCAAUAUCAAAGAUGUGGUCACUCAACUGUCGUCCGAUGGUAUUCUAACUGUUAAAGCUCCGCCAGAGGUGAAGGUAGUCGAUGAAGGAAAUGUACGCGUCCUGCAAAUUCAACAGACCGGUCCAGCUCGAUUGAACAGCGGUAACAAAGAGAGUGUAAAAUCGAAGGAAGAUGAGAUGGUCAAGGAGCAAAAGAAGGAUGCACAACAAUAACUGGCAAAGAGUUCAUCAUAUAAGUUUAGUUUAACAACCAAUUUCGUUUCGAUUUUUCGUUGUUUUUGAUUAAUGUAACCCUGGAGUCUGAAUUUUUGCUUAAGUAAAUUAACUUUUGUGAUUUAAUGAAUCAAUAAUAAACUUUAGAUUGAAAC